AGUUUUCACGCCACACGAGCCCUGUAUUGUGCUCGAGGAAAACACAGGGGAAAGGACGAUGGCACCAUUAUUUUUGGGUGACACCUGCCUGGGAUUUUAACUUUCUCCUUCCUAGCACAUCAAAACCCAGCCUUUGCCAAGGUUCUCAGAAACGACUUCAUUGCUUCUUGCUAGCCGGACAGGUGCAGGCAAGUGCAGUUCAAUGCGGGCUUGGGGAUUUCUUCAGCACGAUCACGAAGGGUAUAUGCUCUAAAUGCCUACAGUACUGAGGACUCUUGCAACUUCUUAUGUGAUGCAUUUGCACAAAGGGAGAAUUCCUCAUUUAAGAUGGGUAAUAAGCAAACGAUAUUUACUGAUGAACAGCUAGAUGCCUAUCAGGAUUGUACCUUCUUCACUCGGAAAGAAAUCCUUCGGUUGCACGGCCGAUACCAUGAAAUGGCACCGAACAUUGUGCCCAUGGACUACACCAAGGAUCCAGAUGUUAAACUACCUAUACAGCUUAUAAUUAACAUGCCUGAACUAAAGGAAAACCCCUUCAAGGAGAGGAUUGUGGAGGCCUUCUCAGAGGAUGGAGACGGGAACCUCAGCUUCAAUGACUUUGUGGACAUGUUCUCUGUGCUCAGUGAAAUGGCUCCUAGAGAGCUCAAAGCAAUUUAUGCCUUUAAGAUCUAUGAUUUUAACACAGAUAACUUCAUUUGUAAAUCUGACCUUGAAAAAACCCUCAACAAGCUGACACGGGAAGAGCUAACAGCAGAAGAAAUCACUCUAGUUUGUGAGAAGGUGAUAGAAGAAGCUGAUAUGGAUGGUGAUGGGAAACUAGCAUUUGCAGACUUUGAAAAUAUGAUUUCCAAAGCACCAGACUUUCUCAGUACCUUCCACAUAAGAAUCUGAAGAUGCUGGUAUGAGCCACUGUUAUCAGAAAUGACUUGACAUCAGUCCUGCCUCUCUGAAUCUCAGGCACUUUGGGGGCUUUUGUCCUCUUAUUAUGGCUUCUUAGAACUCGGCAACAAGAACUGAAAACAUUCUGGCCCAUGGGGGAAAAGACUCAUCACUGAUCUACAAGACCUUUGGAAUGUCCAAGUUUUUAUCUUCAAUG